GACAAGUGAGCUUAACAUUGCACCUUGCAUAUAAGAGCAGGAAGACGGAAGGUUACUUCAUCAAAGUCCCAUGCUAGUGAUCAUGAUGAAGUCAUUCUUGUACUUGUCAGCACUUCUGGUAGUUGCUUCGGCAGCCAAUCCCUUGGUUCAUAUUCUAAGACAUUUACCUCGAUCAAGCUUCAGUUUGACAAGAGACGUCGAGUGUAGCAGUUUGACACAAUGUCUGCCACCCUCCAACGCAACAUCUUGCAGCACCAGUCAAAUGUGUGCUCCCAAUGCAGCUGGUACAUUUACAGAAGUCGCAAGAGUGGAUUGUUCAAAGUUAACAAGUACGCCGUACUGUGAUCGCGAUACAGGAUUGUGUACGGCAUCGGCCAUCAAUUCGAACUGCCAAUCAGGGACAGAUAAUUUUUACUGUCCGCCAUUACCUGGAACCGUGUCAUAUCCGGAUCCAAAUUCUUGUAAGAUAUAUCAUGUCUGUUACAAUAAUUUGGCAACCCUUAUGCAAUGUCCAUUAAAUAAUGUUUACGAUCAUGCGCUUGGAGAAUGCAAAUUACAGAAGAAAACGUCGGAUUGCGUAACAGUCAAUUGCAAGGGGCAAAAUUUCAAAUCUUUCGUUCAUGCGUCGGAUAAUCGAAUUUGGGGCAAAUGUUUUAAUGAGAAAGCUUAUAUUCUUGGAAAGUGCAAAGAUUAUGAGACCUACGAUGUAAAAGUUGAGAACUGCGUUAGGAUAUGUCGUGGUAGCGGUAAUCAACCUGUUGAAAAUGACUGUACGAAAUAUCACAAGUGCGCUGAAAUUUCACCUGGUAAUUAUCAACCAUUUCCAUAUAAUUGUCCGCAAAGUUUGACGUAUGAUGUUGGUAAAGGGGAGUGCGUUAUGGGUGGCGUAUGUAAUUCGACGCGUAUUGUUAAUAAUUCUGAGAAUAAUAAUAAUAAUAAUAAUAAUGGAAAUAAUGUUAGUAACGGACAUGAUAACAUCAAUGGGAAUUUAGUGAACGGAAAUGGCAAUGGGAAUCAUUCGAAUGCUGGAAAUAGCCAGGUUGAUAGUAAGAGUGCUGCUAGUCCACUUAUUAUUAACAAUUCUGGUAGUAAUAACAAUGGUAAUAAUGUAACAAAUGAAUCCGACGAUGUUGAUGGAAAUUUAGUGAAUGGGAAUUCUAAUGGCAAUAAUGAGAAUUCGGGAAAUGUUGCUUCUAUGAAACAAUUGUUCAAAUUUUUGCGACUUAUCAACAAUGCUGGACACAACAAUACUGGAAAUAAUGUACAAAAUGGAGAUGACGAUGUUGAUGGAAAUUUAGUUAAUGGGAAUUCUAAUGGCAAUAAUGAGAAUUCGGGAAAUGUGGCUUCUAUGAAACAAUUGUUCAAAUUUUUGCGACUUAUCAACAAUGCUGGACACAACAAUACUGGAAAUAAUGUACAAAAUGGAGAUGACGAUGUUGAUGGAAAUUUAGUUAAUGGGAAUUCUAAUGGGAAUAAUGAAGAUUCAGGAAAUAUUGCUUCUAAAGGUGAAAAAUCGAUUGAACUGCGAGUCAUUAACAGUUCUGGAAAUAAUAAUAAUGGAAAUAACAUAGAAAACGGUGCUGAUGAUGUUGAUGGAAACUUAGUAAAUGGAAAUAACAAUGGAAAUAACUCUAAUUCUGGAAACGUAGAAUCUGGAACUGAUAACCCCAGUGAUUCACGAAUUAUCAACAAUUCGGGCAACAGUAACAACGGGAACAACGUCGCUAAUGGGGCUGAUGACGUCAAUGGCAAUUUAGUUAAUGGAAAUAAUAAUGGAAAUAACAACAAUUCGGGAAAUGUAGCUUCCAGCAGCCAAAGUUCAAAUUCGCAGCGGAUUAUCAACAAUUCGGGCAACAAUAACGAUGGGAACAACGUGACUAAUGGAGCCGAUGACGUCAAUGGCAAUUUAGUUAAUGGAAAUGAAAAUGGAAAUAACAACAAUUCGGGAAAUGUAGCUUCCAGCAGCCAAAGUUCAAAUUCGCAGCGGAUUAUCAACAAUUCGGGCAACAAUAACGAUGGGAACAACGUGACUAAUGGAGCCGAUGACGUCAAUGGCAAUUUAGUUAAUGGAAAUGAAAAUGGAAAUAACAACAAUUCGGGAAAUGUAGCUUCCAGCAGCCAAAGUUCAAAUUCGCAACGGGUUAUCAACAAUUCGGGCAACAAUAACGAUGGGAACAACGUGACUAAUGGAGCCGAUGACGUCAAUGGCAAUUUAGUUAAUGGAAAUGAAAAUGGAAAUAACAACAAUUCGGGAAAUGUAGCUUCCAGCAGCCAAAGUUCAAAUUCGCAACGGGUUAUCAACAAUUCGGGCAACAAUAACGAUGGGAACAACGUCACUAAUGGAGCUGAUGACGUCAAUGGCAAUUUAGUUAAUGGAAAUGAAAAUGGAAAUAACAACAAUUCGGGAAAUGUAGCUUCCAGCAGUCGAAGUUCGAAUUCGCAGCGGAUUAUCAACAAUUCGGGCAACAGUAACAAUGGGAACAAUGUCACUAAUGGAGCCGAUGACGUCAAUGGAAAUCUGGUUAACGGAAAUGACAAUGGAAAUAACAGCAAUUCGGGAAAUCUACCAUCUCACAGUCAAAGUUCCAUUUCUACACGAAUUAUCAACAAUUCUGGUAACAACAACAACGAAAGCAACAUAACAAAUGGAUCUGACAACACAGAUGGAAAUGUUGUAAAUGGAAACGGAAAUGGUGAUAACUCCAAUUCCGGUAACGUGAACAAUUCCAACGACAACAACGAAGUUAGCGACGAAGUUAACGACGAAGUUAGCGACGAGGUUAGCAACGAAGUUAGCAACGAAGUUAGCGACGAAGUUAACAGCGAAGUUAGCAACGAAUCUACAACCGAUUCAUCAGAUGUUUCCACUGGAAUUCCCAUAUCAGAAAUGAUACCGAAUCGCGCAGAGGUCGCUGAUGUUGUUAACACUCACAAAGUUGAUGAUGGCGUCGAUAAUUAACAAUGACGAAACUUUCAAGGCAAUAAAACCACACAGUCCUUACGUGCAACCCUCUAAAAUAUAAUGAACAAUAUUUUAGACAAUAUUUUGUAGAUAAAUACAAGCAAAGGUAAACGCAGUAUACUUAAUCAAUAAAAAUAUUUUUCCUUGGAAAAAAAAA